AUGCCAGCAGUGGUUUUACCGACCCGCCACUGUAUAGCAGCAACGAAUACGACGACGACGACGAAGAAGAAAUCGCCUUCCACCGCCGCCGUUACUAUCGCUGCUGCUGCCGCAGCCGCCGCCGCCGCCGCCACCGCCGCUAGUAAUAACGCUUCUGUAACGACGACGUUCUACUGGUUGCCUGUAGUGGAUAGCCUCCCGACGUGUUGUUUUUGCUGUUACUGCGGCGGUCGACUGUUGAUCGUUACCGGCAAUCAUCGCAUCAACACCUCCAACAGCUUCUUCGGUAGUGUCGGUCGUUUCGUCGACGCGUGUUCGUCCCCGUCGCGUGAUUUCGGUCGGCCGUUCUGCCGGUGCAACGGUGCCGCCGCCGUCGCCGCAGUCGCAGCCGCCGCCGUCGUGCUACUAGUGCCGUAUGUGCUUGGGCCGCCGUGUUUCCGACCGAUCGUUUUGCCGCCCGCGUACGUCUCAGCCGCCAAUCACCUUCACCACCACCAUCACUACCACCGUCGGAUACACCACCAGCACCGUUUCUACAACACCAUGGAGACUAGGUCAGUAUUUUUGGAUGUAGACGAAGAAACGCACUCUAACAUUAAAGCAUCUUUUAAAGAGUUGUGGAAUCUUAUAGGACUGAAGGGCACCAGUGGCAGUGCUCUGGGUAGUGCGAGCAGCACAAUAGUAGGCACCAGCGGAAAUCUAGGCGCGGCAGCAGCCGCUGCUGUGCUGAGCGGCGGUAGCAGUCGCGUAACAUCGUCGGGCGUUGAGCUCAGAGAGCUCAGGCGCCACAAUUACAAGGCUUCCGUAUCAGUGCUUUCGCACCUGAACAAAGGCAACGCCGCGUCGCCGUACGUUAGCAUCGGGGGAGGACACCGACAACGGACCAGAGCCCAUCGGGCCAUGAACAUGGGCCAGAAAAUAUCUAGUGGAGUUAAAACUGUUAGUCGCGAAAGUGCGCAACCAUACAAACCUGUAGUACCUAGAGAGUUGGCCCAGGAUUUUGCCCGUCCGGCCAGAUUAGAUAUAUUAUUAGAUAUGCCGCCAGUUUCCAGAGAAACGCAGAUCAAACAUGCAUGGAACGCGGACGAUAGGUCUUUAAAUAUAUUUGUUAAGGAAGAAGAUAAAUUGACAUUCCAUAGGCAUCCUGUAGCACAAAGUACGGACUGCAUUAGAGGCAAGACUGGAUUAACCAAAGGUCUGCAUAUGUGGGAAGUAAACUGGUCGACCAGGCAACGCGGUACGCAUGCAGUGGUCGGAGUUGCCACACAAGAUGCACCUCUACAUUCGGUCGGUUACCAGAGUUUAGUGGGAAGCAAUGACCAGUCAUGGGGCUGGGAUUUAGGGCGUAACAAAUUAUACCACGAUUCAAAAAGCUAUGAUGGCAUUACUUAUCCGGCCUUGCUCAAGCCAGAUGAAACAUUUAUAGUGCCAGAUAAAUUUUUAGUUGUUUUGGACAUGGAUGAGGGUACUCUAUCCUUCGUUGUAGAUGGCCAGUAUUUGGGUGUAGCGUUUAGAGGCCUUAAGGGGCGGAAAUUAUUCCCAAUUGUCAGUGCUGUCUGGGGGCAUUGUGAAAUUACUAUGAAAUACAUUGGCGGAUUAGAUCCUGAACCAUUACCGCUGAUGGACCUAUGUAGAAGAGUCAUUAGGCAAAGAAUUGGUAAACCAAACAUAGAAGACCGCAUCAUGACCUUAGAUCUGCCGCAGUCUUUACGUAUUUACUUAAUAUACCGGGACAGAAGAUAACAGGUCUAACAGAUGCGCUGAAAAUAUGAUCAACAGAUCUCAAACGUCGAUCCGAUUCCUGCCCUACUAAUCUGUCAUAUUCCCAACUCUUGUCAGACAACCAUCUCGCCCAUCUCCAAUCACCCGUAAUCUCCUCUACCUCAGGCCAGUAACCGCAAUGUUCGCCUAACUAGUCUCCUCCCUCGUGAUUCCCUCAUCUAAGUUGUAUCCCUAGAAGUCCCCUACCCAAUCCAUGUAAAUAAUACUCGAUGCAACACCCCCCCCUAUCCCUAUUAAAUUACACAAACA